ACUUCGAAAUCGAAUAGAGUCCCAUCGAAUGAAAUGGAAUGAAAAAUGUAUGCACUGCGAGCACAUACCUGCAGUGCGUGUUUCAUGUUCUGUGUUGUGAUUCGUCGCGGGUGGUCUUCUAUUUUCUGGGAAAACGGCCGUUUGUAGACCCGAAAUGAUGACCGAGAGGAAAACAUAGCUAGACGCCGAAACGCGUUCCGAUGUGUUCAACGUGACCGAGGAACCCGAGGAUUCGUAUUCCCAGACGAAUAAGUAGUUGCCGAUUCUACUUUCGUAUUGUAUACAGAGGGAAGUAGAUUCAUAAAUAUUGCGAUGGCAGAUUUCGAUGCGAUUUACGAGGAAGAAGAGGAAAAUGAGCAAAAUUUAGAGGAGCACCACGUUACCAUGGUGCCCGACCCCAUAAUUAUUCGCGGAGCUGGUAAUAUGACAGUAUUUGGUCUCAGCAACCGAUUUGAAUCUGAGUUUCCAAAUGGCUUGGUAUCCCGCGUUGCUCCGGAAGAAUUCAAAGCAACAGUUAUGCGAGUAAAUAGUGUCUUGAAAAAAACUCUUCCUGUUAAUGUUAAGUGGUUGUUUUGCGGCUGUGUAUGCUGUUGCUGUACCUUAGGUUGCUCGUUGUGGCCCGUGAUAUGCCUUAGUAAAAGAACCCAACAUUCUUUAAACAAAUUACUGGAAUGGGAAAACAGUAGACUAUACCACAAGCUAGGAUUACAUUGGCGGCUUACGAAGCAAAGAUGCGACAGCUCUUCCAUGAUGGAAUAUGUUCUCUUGAUUGAAUUUGUUCCAAAAAUACCAAUAUAUAGACCUGACUAAGGUAAAAUCUGAUAUUUUGGGUCAUUCACAAUAGGAACGAGGUCCAUAUUAUACAGAAAUAGUCACCUAAGAUCACUCACCUCAUUUUUGCGGGAAAGGAAUGAAUAUGAAAUGUCAGUGGAUGCUUAGUGACAAGGACACUUGUGAAAUGCAUAUUUUUGUAAAUAUGUAGGAAAGCACAGUACAAUAAUCUUGUAGAAAUAGAAUUAACGUUUUUCAUUUUGUUUUAAGGGAUACUAUCAUCAAUCUUACCGUUGCAUUCAGUUGUGUCUGCAUUAAAUUUCUUAGCAUGUAAAGAUUAUUUCAAAUUAGUAAGUAAAAAGUUUUUUAUAAUUUUUUUUAAAGAACAUUUGUGGAUCUAUUUAGGACGAAAUGGCAAAGCUGAAUGUCUGUACAGGGACAGUGAUUUGCGUCAUAUGAACAGUUUCGUAUUCAUAUGUAUAUCAUUUUUAAAUGAAACUACUAUCACGGAAAUAACAGUGUUUACCUGAUAUAUAGUUUUGAAAACGUAACUGGUACAUAUAAAUGAAACCGUACCACCCACGAUAAAUCUCAUAGUGCAUCAUAGAACCCCAUUUUUAGUAUUUACUGUAACUUUGUUCUUAGAAAAGACUGCAUAAUAUGUGAUUUUCCAUUACUCUACAAUAGGCAAUACACUCAAAUGAGAGACAAAAUCUCCGCAUUGUUCUAAGAAAUAUUCUUUGCAUUAUUUUGAGUAGCGUUAACUUUUACAUUUUGCAACCUUCAGUUUUUUGCCACGAUCUAAGAUCGAUUCGAUUUCCAUCGAUUCUAGAAUUAAUAGUUAACAGCAUACGGCUCGAAUGAGAAGUUCUUUCAGUACAACGAAUAUCACAAAUCUUAAGUAAUAUUAAAUAAUUCUGCUGAAUAAUUCAAUCAUUAGCUGAGAAGGAUACUACCGUCCUUAUGAAUUUCAGUAACCAGUUAAUGUUUUACUACGUAUAUACAUUAUUCCUUAAAUAAAAAAGGAAUAAAAUCGAAUGAAUCCUAAGGAAUUGAGGCUUCACAAAAAGUUAUAAUAUUAGAAAGGGUUCGAUGUUAACGAUUUUUCACACCAUGUAAAAUAAAUGCGGUUUGAAGAACCAGGUCUUAAUGGAUGAAAAGUUAGUCAACAUUUUUAUAACGGCAUAAACGACAAGAGCGACGCAUAACUUACGUAACACAAUUUUCUGUGCAAUUCUCUGUGUUCGUUAAACUUUUGGUUUCAUAGCAGAAUAUUUCUGCUCAGCCUAUUUUACUGUAAGAGCAUCGAGCUAUUUCUAUCAUUUGAGAUACAUUACAAGAAAUCAAAAUACAAAAAUGGGUAAAAAAUAAUAUGUUCUAAUAAUUCAAUGUAACUUAAUAGCUGCCUACAUCGUAUAAUUAUUAAUAUUCUUGAGAAGUAUCACUUUUUUUGCGAGGAAACUAUUGUAUGUAUCGGAUUAACAUUGGUGGCUAUGUUCCACAGUUGCCUAGAACACUGAUUGAGUUAACGUUAAGCUCAGGAAAAAAAAUUACACAGUACAUUUCUUUUAAUUCCUGUCAAAAGUGAAACAUCGAUUAAUGUCGAUAAUAACGUGUACAUAAAUUUAGAAUAUUCGUCCACCAUGGUGCAAUAUGAUAUUACUGGAGUAACUCCAAAACGCUUAGGUACGCUUUGCGUAAUUGUUGCGUUCUUAUCAUUUUUAAGUGAUCGUGCGAAUCGGCAAUGACAAUUUUUAUUUAUUCUUCUUUUUUUUUUCACUUUUAUGAGGACUGUGCACGAGUACCAAUGUAUGCUAGCGUUCUAAAUUUCUGUGAAUAUUCCGCAAACAGUUGUACCCGAUUGUUUAACGAGAAUAGGAUACGGAUUUAUAGCGUUAGAACUGCGCCCGUCUAUGAAUAAUAAAACACGAGCGUACCACGUUUGUUAAAGGAGAUCAUUGUGACACGUAAAGUCAGAAAUUAAGAUUAACAUAUUUUUGAUAAUCUAAUGUAAGGGUCGCGCGUUAAGCAACGCCAUCGUACGUAACAAUCGGACGAGGAAAAUGUCACUAAAUCCCAAUAUAUGUACCGUAAACUGUACAGUUAAGCUCUCCUAUCUCUCUAGUCUUCUGUCCUGUCGUGAAUCUGUGAUUUACUGUAAUUUAAACGAUUGUAAAGAAAAAAACGAACGGCACCGAGCACAGACUAUACCGUAAAAAGAAGAAUCACGAAUCCGCGAACUCAUUACGGGGCAGAUUGUGUAAUACGAAAGUGAUACGCACUCACGAACACCUCUAUAGCAAUGUCGAGAUGAAGAAUACUCAAUUGCGAUGCAAACGUGAUAUUACACUGUGUUUACUGUACAUAUAUGUGUACAUAAAGAAAAAGGAAAACGAGAAAUGUAAAACUUCAAGUCCAGAUGCUUGCUAGUAGAGAUGAAAAAAUUAACCGAGAAAAAAAAAGAAAAUAUGUGAAGCUCGAGCAUCAUCUUUUUCUGACUUUACCGACUCGGAGAACGCUAGGCAAUCAUUGUUUCGACAUGUGCCUUUUUCCCGUGAAUUUGUAAGACACAUGUACAGAGUGGUUCCUAUAUAACAAGAAAACCUGUAAAUAUACGCAUGUAAAGCUAUCGCUCUUGUAUAACAAGGCCGUCGCGCGAUACGAGUAGUCACUACACAAUAGAACGUAUAGCAUGUCGUUGGCUGGUCUAAGCUUGUGUGCGAAUUAUAAAAACUGACACCACCGUUUCGCGAAGCAAAGUAACACGAAUAAAUGAAUUGGUAAGCUCUAA